AUGCUGAUCCUCAAGCCAAAAAACCAGCAGCAUCAGUCCGAAAGCGGGACAGGGACCGUGCGCGUCGUGCUCGCUGCUUUGCUCGCAGCGGAAUGCGCCGCGGGGGCUGCCCAAACGUAUUUGACAAACUCGGGUCAAUAGUGAGUUUGAAAGAUGUCGGUACAGAGAGAAGUUAGCUACUGACCGAGAUGCGUGGCGUGAAGCUCUCCCUUUUAUCCGGUCGAGGAAUAUCGCGCUGUGCCGAGCAAGUGCGAGGUCUCGCAAGUAAGUCGAACGAGCGACAUCUUCGGGAUAUCCUAUCCGGGUCGCUGAUACGAAAUCUUCGCGUUCUUUCUAAAUUCUUCGCGAUUAGGUGAAUCUUUUGCAGCGCCACGGAGCCCGACAGCCGACGUCCGACGCCGGCAAGUCGGUCCGGGCCACGCUCGACAAGAUUGCCGGCAAAGGGAACUACUCUCGAUCCGAGAUGGUUUUCCUCGCCAAGUACACCUACGACGUCGGUGAUGAUGGAGAUCUGAUUCCCUAUGGAGCUAAAGAGUGAGUUCUAUCCUUGCUUUUGCAUCGGGAGAAUCAGCGCUUUACACAGUCUUCCGUGCUAAUCGUGACGCCUCCCGUUUGAAGAUCUUACGAUGCUGGCAAACAACUCGUGAAACGAAUGAAGUGCAAUUCCGCGACUGCAGCACUUACCUUCUGCAGUGCGCCGUUCGUUCGAGCGACGGUGCGUUCUUCGGUGGCUCUCACACCAGCUCCAUCCGGCAUCGACUGACUUUGCCACGGCGAAUUGCACACACACACAUAGGGGCAUCCACGUGUUGUCGACUCGGCAGGGAACUGGUCGCGCGGAUAUAUGGACGUCCAGAUCCCCACACUGCCCAACUCGUACAAGAAAAAUUUCACAUUCUCCACCCAAGUCGUCUUUACGGAGGGUGAGCAUCUCCAGAACCCCUUGGCGAACAACUGCCCCAAUCUUGCGAGCACGGUCCCGACUGCGCAGGAACAGUGGCGAGCGGUUUGGACACCGGCGGUGCUUCAGAGGCUUCAGGACACCCGAGACUAUAAACUCACUGCUUCAGUACGUCCUCAGAGAUAGAGAGAUGUCCAUUUGUGCCGGACGUUGAGCUGACCCAGAUCAUUUGGGUCCCCAGGACGUCGUUAAUUUGGCCCAUUUGUGCGCGUUUGAAUCUGUCAAGUUAAACUCCGUCUCCCCCUUUUGCGGUCUCUUCCGCGAGAGCGAGUUCCCCUACAUCGCGUACGACAGCGACCUCGGCAAAUACUACGGCAACGCCUAUCCUGGCGCCCCCCUCGCGCGCUCGCAGGGGUUUGGCUGGGUCAACGAACUCCUAACGCGCCUCACUUCGGACCGUAGCUACAUCGACAAGGAUACGACCCAAGUCAAUCAUACAAUCGACUCUGAAACAAAACAUUUUCCCCUCGACAAGUUCAUUUACGCUGACUUCACGUACGACAAUCAAUUGCUCCCCGUUAUGAGUCUGAUCGGGCUCUUCCAAGAUGCACCCCUGAGCCCGACUCUUCCGUGCCCUAUGCGCACCUUCGUCGCAAGCAAGUUGGUCCCCUUCGCCGGGCGCUUGGUCGUCGAACGUCUGCGAUGUAGCGGGUCGUAUGAGGAUGGCUUCUUUUCUUUCCUUGGGGGUGAUUCGGAUUAUGUCAGGAUUCUGGUCAACGAUCAAGUCAUGGAUCUGUCGAGCGUUUGCGGCAAGGUACGUGCAUUUUUCCAGUACUUGCUCCGAAAGCCGUCACACAGCUAACAAGGUCGAGUAUUCCCCCUGAUAGGGCGAGACCCUGACAAGCGGCACGGUCUGCCGACUCCCCGCGUUCCUCAAAGCGAUGGAGAAGGCGACUGCGACGGCGACGAAAGAAUUCGCGCAAUGUGGAUUCACGACAAGCCGUUGA